AUGUCCUUCUCUGGACGCCGUGUGAGCAUUCUGCGUCCCUCCAACCGGCGUUUCUCUGCCAGCAAGGAAUUGUCGGAGAAUGAACUCCGAUCGGAAACGCAUCGUCAGUUCCGAACGGCCCACGAAGGUCACCGUCCGCAUGCCGGUCUCGAUGCCUCGCGUGCCUCGACCGGUGUGGUGUGGUGUACCGAACGUGCGACGGAGCAUGGCUACGCCGAGGAUCCCUCGUCCUGGGCCAACCUAGGUCAGGGUGCCCCCGAGGCCGACGACGAGAUCGAGGGCAGUUUCCCCCGGCCCACCUCCAUCCCCAUCACCUCCGCUGCCCGUGAAUACGGUCCCACGGCCGGUAUCAAGCCCCUUCGUGCAGCUGUCGCCCGUCUAUACAAUGAGCAUUAUCGUCAAGGCAAGGCCAGUCAGUAUACCUGGGAGAACGUUUGCAUCGUCCCCGGCGGUCGUGCGGGUUUGAUUCGAAUUGCCGCCAUCCUGGGCAAUUCCUACCUUUCCUUCCCCAUCCCCGACUACUCGGCUUACUCGGAGAUGUUGACCCUGUUCAAGAACAUCGCUCCCAUCCCCAUUCCCCUCGCCCAGGAUGACCACUACCACAUCCAUCCCGAUAAGAUCGCCGAGGAAAUCGCUCGUGGAACGUCGGUGCUGUUGACCUCCAACCCCCGAAACCCGACCGGUCACUUUGUUUGCCACGAGGAGCUGGCUCGGAUUCAAGACAUCUGCCGUGACCGUGCCACCCUGAUUCUGGAUGAAUUCUACGGAGGGUACAACUACACCACCGACUGUGACGGUACCACCAUCAGUGGUGCUUCCAACGUGGUGGAUGUUAACCAAGAUGAUGUGCUUUUGAUUGACGGUCUCACCAAGCGUUUCCGCCUUCCGGGCUGGCGUAUCGCUUGGAUUGUUGGACCCAAGGAAUUCGUUAAUGCCCUGGGCUCCGCCGGGUCUUAUCUGGACGGCGGUGCCAACGCUCCCUUCCAGGAAGCCGCCAUCCCGAUGCUUGAGCCCUCUCUGGUCCACGCCGAGAUGAAGGCACUGCAGCAGCAUUUCCGUGAGAAGCGUGACUUCGUCCUCCAGCGCCUGCAUGAGAUCGGAUUCCGCAUGCAGGACGUGCCGCAGGCUACGUUCUACAUUUGGCUGGAUCUGACUUCUUUGGACCCCCCUCUUCCCGCGGAGGCUAACAUCUCCGACGGAUUGAACUUCUUCAACGCCCUCCUCACCGAGAAGGUCAUCGUGGUGCCCGGAAUCUUCUUCGAUCUGAACCCGGCCAAGAGAAGAGAUCUGUUUGACAGUCCCUGCCACCACUUUGUUCGCCUGAGUUACGGACCUAAGAUGGAUGUUCUGAAGAUGGGUCUGGACGGUAUCGAGCGCGUGAUCCAACGGGCUCGUGGUAUGGCCAAGCAGCAAUGGGAAGACGAGGUUGCCCUUCAGACUUUCCCGGAGUUGCUUUGCCUACCUUUCGCAACCCUUUUCUUUCGUGCUGGUCCCGGCACAGGCUGCGACGCGCAGGAUGGUGCGCUCGCUACUAUGGCCUGGAAUCUGUAUCGCGUCCUCAAUCACACCGUCUUCACCGUCCUCUCGAUCAUCCUCUUCUGCCUGGUCGUCUUAACCCCGGCCGACGCCAUUUAUCAGUGCUACGUCACCUCACGACUCACCAACAUCUUCAUCAUCACCGGCGGAUACGUUGUGACCAUUAUCCUAGCCGCAUUGAUCUACGCGACACGCAUCUAUACCAACCGGACCGUUCUCUCCGGAAUCCCCAAGGCGUGGAUUCCCAUCGAAAAGGAGGAUGUCGGCAAAAGCGUCCGGCGUCUGGUGAUGGAGGGACUGGCUCGUAGCGCCAUCGUGGCCUACCAGGCUCGACCGCGGGAUAUCGACGCCGACGGGGACCGGUUCGCCGACUACCAGAUGCUCGUGGUUGACCGCGACCAUCCCCCCUGGGACCACGUCGAACAUCCGGGCUGGUCGUCGCCGUCGUCGCCCGAGUUGCCCGAUCUGCCCUAUCGCACCGUCCUUCAGGAACUCCCCAACCUAAUCGAAGCCAAAGCAGUCUCUUUGGCGCCCCCGGACCCUUACUUCCCCUUCGAGCAUGCCUCCGCCGAAAUGGGCCCUUCGCCGCCGGACACGCGCGUGGUCGAAAUUCUCCGGCGACCGGCGUCCAUGGGAUUGCGCGAGUAUCUCCAGCACCUGGCCGAGUUCGGCAUGAUCCAGCCGCCAGAAAUUGGCAGCGACUUCCUCGCUCUCUACGAGCGCGCCCGCUUCUCAUCGCGCGAACUCUACGAGGCCGAAUUCCAAGAGCUGAUGCACGUCUUUGCGGAACUGCUGCGCGGGAUGACAUUUUUGGAUCCGCAGGCCCUGGGCGGGAUCCGAGCCGAAAGUUCCCGCGGAGACAGCGAGUCCGUCAUCGGCCCGUCGGACGAGGAGGGGGAAACGGACACGAUGGACUUUCCCGGUAGCGAGGCGCUGUCCCGCGGUCGCAGUUACAGUCCGCGGCCGUCGAACGCGUCGACCUGGGAGGGUCGCUCUAUUUACAGUACUCCACCGAGACAGAAUGGCGGGCCGCGAUACCGGGAGCCACAGCAGCAGCACACGCUGGCCGUCCCUCGGACGCCGUCCAUGCACUCGCUUCGACAGGUGCGAUCGACCACGUCGGGGAGCUCGGGAGGCAGUGUCAUCCGCCUGGCUGAUCCUCGCGGACCGAAUGAUCUGCCGUAUACGUUCAAUUUCAAUAUGAGCAAUCGUCCGUACACGCCGUCGCGAUAG